AUGUCAGAAAAAUCGAAACUUAAAGUGUGGAGUCGGUUUCAAGUUGAGAAAAAUGGCAGUGUCAUUAAAUUCCGGAUUCAAGAUGCUCCCGCAGAUCGUAAGGAAGAUGUGUUUGAUUUUAUAAUGACACAUUUACUCAGAGAUGAGGCUUUCCACAAAGCCGCAGGUAUAGUAAAUAAUGACGAAGCCAAGGCCGAAUUUAUGGAAAUAUCUAAAAUAUACUAUGAGGAACAACCACAUCACAUUAGUAUAUGCUGUAUUGAUGACGAUUCUGAUACUGUUGGUGAAAUAAUAGGGUUAUCUAUAGUGAUAGUGUCCAAAAAUACCGAUAAUUUUGACGAUUUUGCCAAGCAAUUACAAAUCAAGACGAAGGAAAUGAAGAAUCUUUUUGGUGCCGCCAAAGUAUUGUUCGAGUAUAAAGGUUCGAAAAACGAUUAUGCUAAAAGUCAUGAAGGUAGAGGAGUUGUUGUAAGACCAGAUUAUAGGCGAAUGGGGAUAGCUAAUGAAUUUAUUAGGUUAAGAAAAUCUUUAUGUAUUGAACACAGUUUGCCAAUGACAUGUGCUUGGAUGACAUCUAUAGGCACACAGAAAGCAUCCGAAAAAAACGGUUGGAAGACCUUUGCGGAAGUAUCAGUAGAUGAAUUGGAGCAAAAGACUGGACUUAUAUUCGACACUAGAAUAUUUAAAAACGAUGAAGCUGUAGCGGAAUAUAGGACGUUUAUUUCUAACUAUUAUGAUGCUAGCCCCAUUCAUAUAACUGUCUGUUGCUUAGAUGACGACUCUAAAACUAUCGACAUUCUCGGUUUAUCCAUGAUGUGUGAGUUUAAAGAUCAAGCAGAAAAAGUUGAUUUAAAAAUGAUUGAGAAAAAAACUAAGGAGGUGCAGGAUUUUUUCCAUAUUCUAAAAGUAACUUCAGAUAUAAAGAUCAAAGAUUAUCAAUCUUUCUUCGAAGGCAGAGGAAUUAUAGUUCGUCCGGACCAAAGGGGAUUGGGCAUGGCCAGUGAAUUUGUAAGACUAAGAAAAGAGAUUUGUAUUGACCGGAACAUAGAAAUGACAUGUGCUUGGAUGACGUCAAUAGGAACUCAAAAAGCAGCUGAAAAACAUAAGUGGAAGACAUUUUACGAAUUACCAGUGGAAGAAUUAGAAAAGAAAUCAGGCCUAGCGUUUGAUGUGAAUGUAUCCAUAUUUAAAUUAAUGUACACUACAAGGAAUUAG